AGGCUGUCAUGAAAUGCUUUCAGUGUAGCAGAAACGGACAACAAUAGAGCACAGAGACUAAAGAGGCUAAAAUGGAUGAUCUGAGAAUAGUUUUGUUGGGUAAGCAAGGUGCAGGGAAGAGCGCUUCAGGGAACACUCUUCUUCAUAACCGGUCCUUCCACUCAGCGGCCAGCUCAGAGCGAGUCACUGAAGCUUGCUCACUGAGAUCGUCCACUGUAAACGGGCAAACAAUCAAAGUGAUCGACACUCCUGGAUGGUGUGAUUCUUCUCAAUCUGAAACUGACAUCAAGCAGGAUAUCAUUAACAUGUCCCAUCCUGGCCCACACGUGUUCCUCCUGGUGCUGCCCAUCGGCAGAUUCACCAAUGAAGAGAUAGACACAGUUUUGAGUAUCCUGAAGGAGUUUGGUGAUGAAGUCACCAAAUACAUGAUCGUGCUGUUCACCAAAGGGGAUGAUCUGGAGGGCAGACCCAUUGAAGACUACCUGAAAGAAGUCCAGUCAGAUCUGAAGAGAAUCAUUCAGUUAUGUGGAAGAAGAUAUCAUGUCUUCAGCAACAGAGACAAAAACAAUGUCCAUCAAGUCUCUUCUCUUCUGGAGAAGAUCAAUACGAUGGUGGCGUGUAAUGAGAAAAAAUAUUUCACGACAGCGACAGCUAUGUAUCCAAAAGUGGAGCUAUGCAUCAAGAAGGAUGAACAGAGUGAAGACAAAAGAAGACAACAGAUUAGGAAAGAAGCAGAUGAUUCAGUACAGGACGAAAGCAAAAGUCUAUCUGGAAGUGAAAACGGGGGCCAAAGAAACAGAAGUGAUGCUGAGGAAGGGGACGGAAAUGAACAAGAGUCUUGGAAGAAGGAGAGCACACAAAGCACAGAGCACCAGGGUUUAAAACAGACAGUGAGAGAAGAAGGGGACAGAGAUCUGUUAAAGGUUUCGGAGGAACAUGAUGACAGAAUGAGUGGACACAGUUAUGGUGUUGAUGGAAGGAGACAUGUGGAAGACGAUACCAGAAAAGAGCCGAAGGACAUUUUAAAGGAGAACACCACCCUAAAAAGAGAAAUAGAGAAACUACGUAGAGAACUGGAGAAGAGGGAAGGACAGCUUAAACAAAUAAUGGAAAAAAUGCAACAGGAUGAAAAAAUAAAACAUGAUCAAAAGGACAUUAUAAAAAGAUUGAUGCAAGAAAAUGAGGCGGAAAAACGGAAAAGUAUGGCCAUCCAGAAUGAUGUUGUGCAGAUGGAAAAAAUGUUUUCCGGGCAAAUAACAACAGACGAAAAAACAAUAAUAGACCAAAUAUCUGCUGUUUUUAGCAGACUUCGACAACUUUUUGAAAAUGCAUCUAAGUAAAAACUGAAAAGAGACAUGCUUGCCUUCAAAAGGGGGAUUUAAGCUUGAAUAAUUUAACAAAUUAAUUAUAAAGAGGAGAUCAUUAAAAAGACAUAUCAUGAAGAUCUGACUUUUUCCAUGUUUAAGUGUGGGUCUGCUGUACAUCUGCCAAGUCAGAAAUUUUGCACUGUUAAAAAUAAUAUGCUUGAUUUACUUAAAAAAAUAUGUUUGUUUGGUUUUUUUUGCAUAAUUUUAUUAUGUAGAUCC